GUUGUUGCUUUGCAGUUCCUUUUGACUCAAUUCAAACAUGGCGACCACAUUAUCGUCACAUUUACCCUCAUUUUUACCAACUUUAACAGCUCUCAAAGCAUAUUUAUUAAUUCUCAUAGUUUCUGUAAUAUCUCAAUGUGCCUUUGGAAACAAGGACGAUUUUAAAUUUGUGACUUGUGGAAGUGUUGUUAAGCUCGUAAAUGUACAGCAUAAUGUUAGGCUACACUCUCAUGAAGUUAGAUAUGGUUCUGGUAGUGGACAACAGUCUGUUACUGGUGUAGACUCACCUGAUGAUGGCAAUAGUUAUUGGGUAAUAAAAGGAAAAGUAGAAGAUCCAUGUAAACGAGGAACACCUAUAAAAUGUGGCUCUACCAUUAGAAUACAACACUUAGCGACUAAGCGCAACCUACAUAGUCACCACUUCCAGUCUCCUAUCUCUCACAAUCAAGAAGUGAGUGCCUUUGGUGAGGAUGGUGUUGGGGAUGAUUUAGAUGAAUGGUUACCUGUGUGUUCUACAAAGUACUGGGAGAGGAAGCAGAUUGUAAGAUUCAAGCAUAGGGAAACCAACGUAUAUCUGCACACAACAGGAGACCAGUUUGGAAGACCAAUCAAUGGGCAGAGAGAGAUCAGUGGAUACAGUUACCCUGAGACUGGCAAUGAAUGGAAGGCAAUGGAGGGAAUAUACAUCAAACCAGAUUCAGAUAACUAGAAAUUCCGACGACCUCCUUUGACAAGAUCACUGGAUUUUCUGAAUUCUUUAACAAACAUAUCACUUCUACAGCACCUUGGAUCUUAGUGAAGCUAUUUGCUCUCAUUCUAUAAGUGUCUUGAAUAUACCUCUCUGUCAAGAUGCGUGAUGUUGGUGUUCAAAAACGAUUUUAAAAUGGUUUCACUCCUUCACUGUAGAUAAAAUACCUUUCUAAUCCAGA